CGCCGCGGGGCCGCGCUCGCAGGGAGGGGAAGCGGCGGCGCCGCGGCUGCGCACGGAGGAUGCGCGGCCGCGGAGCCACCGCACCCGCAGAGCCGCGCCGCGAGCGGGAGGUGACAGGUGGCUACGAGAAUGGCAACUACCUUGCUUUGUAACAUGGCAUUUCUGCUGGUAUUUGGAUUGGCUUCAGCUUUUAGUCACAGCCCUAGGACCCCCGAUAGGGUUUCCGAAGCAGAUAUUCAGAGGCUCCUCCAUGGAGUUAUGGAACAACUGGGCAUUGCCAGACCCCGAGUAGAAUAUCCAGCACACCAGGCUAUGAACCUGGUUGGUCCACAGAGCAUUGAAGGUGGUGCACAUGAGGGUCUCCAGCACUUGGGUCCUUAUGGAAAUAUCCCAAAUAUUGUGGCUGAGCUGACAGGAGACAAUAUACCAAAGGAUUUUAGUGAAGAUCAAGGAUAUCCUGACCCUCCAAAUCCCUGCCCCAUUGGAAAAACAGUUAAUGAUGGGUGUCUAGAAAACACCCCAGACACAGCAGAGUUCAGUAGAGAAUACCAGCUGCACCAACACCUUUUUGAUCCAGAGCAUGACUAUCCCAACAUGGGCAAGUGGAGCAAGAAUUUACUCUUUGAGAAGAUUAAUGGUGGUCCAAAAAGAAGAAAGAGGAGUGUGAACCCAUAUCUGCAAGGACAGCGACUGGAUAAUGUUGUAGCAAAGAAGUCUGUUCCACAUUUUUCAGAUGAAGACAAGGGUCCUGAAUAAGUACAAUAAAAAUGAAUGAUGAAAACUCAUGCCAUCUUCUGCUAGACCAUAAUAUUGCUUACAUAUAAUCAUCUAUUAAAAUCCUUGUGAAUGGCAGCAUGUUUAUUAUUUAUAUAAUUGUAGAUGAAAAACAGCUGUAUUUAUAACAGUAUGUUCUCCUAGAUAACGAAAAUAUGGUUCUGCUUUUUGUUAAGUUAUGGUAAAAAGACAGUUCUGUUGUUUUUAUUUUAGUCAUGGAGCAAACUUUAAAAAUAUUAGUCAUUUUAAUAGCUAAUGUGAGGUAAAUGGUCUUAAUGAGCAGCUUGUAAAUAGGGAGAUGUAAAAAAAAAAAUGCCCAGGCUGACUCCAACAUUUAAUCUUAAAUUUUACAAUGUUUGACACGUGAAAAUUUUAGUUUUAUGUUUUGUUCACAAAUAUUGUUACUUAGCAAAGACAAAGUAUUUAUUUUACCCAGAGAAUUUUGGCUUUUGGUUUAUUUUAAUAAACAUUUAAGCAAUCUACAAGGUUUGCAAAGUGACGUUUUCCAAAAUAUUUCGUAGGCUAAUCUGUCUCAAUUAUUGUGCAAAUUUAAAAAUUAAAGAACUAAUUUUUGAGUUUAUCCACUGGAAUAUUUUUCUGUUCGUUUUAAUCAUUCCAUAUCUACACUUUUCCUGAAUACUUGCUUAUCUUAUUUCCUUAUCAACGGUACUUUUAGAAAUUAAUCCCCCCCCCCCUUCUCUUUUUAGUCUGAAUAACAGCAGCAUUUGCACAUUAUGAAGUGCUUAAAUUAUCUGUCCCUGGAAUAUUAUAGGUGAAGAUGGCGACAUUUGUCUGUGUUAAUAAAGCUGUAUCAACAUACACUGAAUCCAAAUGCAGGAUCAUCUAGCUGAUGAUCUUCUGAAAAAGCUACGAUACUGGUAACAUUGGUGCCCAUCACUGCUCUUGAAACUGCUCCAGGAAGCUCAAAUAGCAGCCUUCCUGAGGAGCUGAAGAACUUUAUGUUGCAGCAAACUGAGUUCUACCUUUUCUAAAGAUGCGCUGAAAAUAUAAAACGAUACAAAAUUUUGUUAUUUUUCAGAAUGCAUCUGGAAUAGUACAAACCAAAAAAAAAAAAAAACCCCAUGUGCACAAAUGGCAUUGGGAUUGCGGAAGAUAACAUUAGUUUAUAGCUUUGAACUUCAAAUCUCUUAAAAAAGGUCUACACUUUCCUUUGCUGGUCUUACAAAAAGAUCCAACAAAAUAACAAUGAUCCCUUGCAUAAAAUACAUAAGAAACUAAUAGAAACUGAAGUUCCUCUCCACAUUAGGUUGAGGUUAACAGAACAUCACAGCUCUGACUGUGUCUGGCAUUUGCUUUUCCUAUUCUAGCACUUGGUGAAUAAUUCAUAGUAAAUUAUGUAUUCACAGAGUUGUUCCUCUCUCAAAUUAUUUAUGGGCAGAUUGCAAAGUUCCGUAACAUUUGAGGCUAAUUUAUAAUGUCUUUCAGCAUAGCUCCUGUUUCCAUGUAAAAAAACACCACAAGAGAAAAUAACUCUAAAGAGCAUGUGAUGCACUGGGAUUUAUAAUUGCAUGCGCUGUGAAAUGUGAAAUGCUGAGCUCCUUCAGCUUCCAGCGCCUUAAAUGGAGUAUGGGAGUAACCCAGCUGUUCAUGUGCCUGAACUUGGUUUUUUUGCUUCUUAACGCUUACUCUUUAAUCUGUGUUCCUGCUUAUUCUUCAUUCAGGUCUUAAGAGCUGGAGAGGGCAUAAAUGACUAAUCACUAUCAUCAUUGUGAAGGCGGUCUCCAAAGCGGAAAGGGCCGUAUAGCAUGGCAGGAGUCUGAAAUCAGAACUCCCCAUUGACACCCAGUGGCCCAUGGUGGGCAAAAGCCUCCUACCCUGUCCCACAGCUGUCACAAUAUAGGGCUAGAUUUCCAUUCCUACGAAACUAGUAUUUCUUCAGAUACUCAACCGUCUUAUCUACUUUUAAAGGAAUUUGAGCCACACGCUGGCCUUAUUUUAUUAGCUACAGUAAAAUCCAUUUUAAUCACUUCCUAGAUGAAAAGAAACAACUGAGAAGGUGACUCAUUUUUCAAGCUUUUAAUAGGGACCAGCACACAGUAAAAGGUUAUGUGUACGUGGUAACUGCACGGCUUAAGGAGGGAGGGGUAGGGGAGGUAUGAUUUGCUUAAUAGUAUCAGAAAUCCCAUGUCUGAUUCCUUCAAGCAUCUUGGGCAGCUCAGUUACCUUAAGUGGCUGUGCAGCGCUGUGAUGCCUGGGCACUGCAAGGGACCAGACGGGUACCGCGAUCCCUCUCCUAGCGCGGGCUGAGGAGCUGCUGUCUGGCUGCGAUAGAUCUGCACAGAGCAGGCGAAAGAAAAAUUAUACAAUUUACAAAUUUUUGUCUUUAAAUACAGACAGACAAAAUGAAACGAUGAUGUGCCUUACAGGAGCUGCCUGCUAAAAUCAGAAGCGUAGCAGCGAGCAGCAAUCUGCUCGUGCCAUUCAGCAGCGUUAGUGUUUGACCAGGAAAACUCAACAGCAUGAUUGUGAAAUUACAACAAAAAUAUAGCUAUUAUACCAUGAUAAAGGGAUUAAUGAUUCUAAUUUCAGUUCUGUGGUAGAGCUGCCUUUCUAACUGGGAUUGUUAGUGCAGUUUUCAUUAAAAAACAAAAACGAGCUAAAAAGGCCCCUCCCACAACAGUCCAAACAUGUUCAAACAUUUUGAUAUAGUUUAUAUAUAAAGAAUCACCAUAGUGCUGGUCUUUCAGAAUCAGCAAAUAAAGAUGCCACAUAUCCCCAUCAAGAAGAGCCCACGCCACCAAAAUGAUAGUUAUAGGCAGGUAAAUAGCUGCUUCGCUCUUACAGGUAUCAUCAUCCCUUUGCAUUUAUGAUACUUGUGAAUUAAGUAGUUCCUGUAUCGCUGUUGUUUCGAAUUUUCAUUAUCUGGCAGUCAGAACAUUUUUAGGUAUUUUACAAGCUGCAAGUGUGUUAAUGACUGCUAAAGUUUUUGAGAUACAAUUUGCU